AUGGAUGACGAUUUACUAUCGUUUUCUGGCGAAAUGCCAGAAGACUUUAACGAAACGACCAAACUCGUCGACGCUGUAUUUACUCAAAAGGAAGUGGUCGUCAAUGUGACUAUGGCUGAUGAUCUCGUAACUACUUUCGCCACACUUUUACCGUACUCACCCAACUAUUACCGUAUUGCUGCACUCUCUGCAAAAUGUGCACUAUCUCUCCUGGUACUCGUGCUGUCUGCUACCAUCAAAAGGGAUUUUCUGAAAGUAUUUACACUAUUUUUAAUACUACCGAUAGUAUUGGAAUGCGGAUUUGAUGUGUAUUCAGAGAUCAAGACUAGUAUUACUUACUAUGGAUCAAGAGAACUCCUCAUGGACUAUUACCGGGGUGAUUAUUACGAUGUGGCUACCAGUUCAUUGCAGCAUGAGGCGCUAAAAAUCUACCAAGAAGUCUUAGCACGAUACACUACCUAUAACAUCUACAGCCAGACUACUCUGUUCGCUCUUGUUUGCUAUAUUCUUUCGGAUAUUCUAUUCUGGUCAACUCUCUUCACAUCAGUAGUAGCAUUCUACUAUGCACAUAAAGCUAUUGUACGUCCUGAGGAGAUUAAUUACAUUCCAUAUGUGUGGUCGUUUUUGAGAGUGCAGUUAUUCCCCAUACUCUUCACAUUGAUUGACACACUUCUUGCUGUGUUCACGGUCCCAACAUACGUUCUACUAGGAGCAACAGUUAUCAUUCGACUAGCGGCAUGCCUUGUUGUCGUCACUCUAGUUACUCAGACUUUAGCAUCAUUUGUUGUAUUCUGUAGAAGGCGAGACGAAUACACAAAAUCAUCGCCAUACGAUCAGGUCCGAGAUGGCAAAUGGCGGUUAUUCUGGUUUAUCUGCUUCCAAAUCACCAUCCACGUCUUGUCUGUACCUUACAUAACAUGGGCAGCGAUAUCCCUUGCCCAGGAUGUUUUAAUCGUAUUCAACAUUCCUCACGAGUCAAUAAUUGAUGCAAUAAAGAUUGUUCAACUUCAUGCUAUAAGUUUGAGUGUUGUGACACUGGAUCGCGUGCUUGAUGGAAUGAAAUAUAAUAAAAUGAAAGUUAAUAAUCAGAAAGAGAAAGUAACACAGACUCAUAGUAAUGUCCGUGAAGACGAUAACAAGUUUUGUCGUUUGCUGGGCUCAGCCCUUUCUUUAGGGCUCGACUGCCCUACGAAACCCGCGAGUCCAAGGCUUACCCGUCCCACAGCGAGGAUUCUUUAG